AUGUCGGGGGGCUACAGCGGCGGUAUGGAGCCCGAGGGAGACCAGGAUAGGAAGAUCAGCGACGAUGUGGUGACCUUCCUGCGCAAGCGCAGCGACCAUGACGCGCCGCGGUACGCCGCCAGGGUCAAGACGUAUUUGGAGAUGAGUCGGAAGCGUCGCCGGGCAACUGAAGCGCGCCGCAACUCUGAACACGAUAAGACCUCCGCUAAGAAAAAGGGUGAUACUGAACAAAACGACAAGAAUGCUGAGAAGUCUGACUUGCGCGGUAAUGAUGAUGAUCGUCUUAGUAAGAGGCACGGCGAAAAGUGCAUUCACCGCGGCCGUUCAGUGUCGCGCACGGGCUCGGAGCCGGCGGACGCGUGCUGCCGACGACGUCGUAGGAGGAGGUCUUGUAGGGUUAGUGGGCACGAGACAUUAUGUUGUCGCCGACGCAGGCGCCGCAGCUGCCGACGCCGACGGCGCCGCAGCCGCAGCCGCCGGCGUCGGCGACGCUCCUGCCGCCGUCGACGUCGGCGACGCCGCCGCCGUAGACGACGUUAGCGCCAACCGACUGUGCUGUACCGGACUUUGGAUUUUUUUGAAUUGUUGUUAAUAAAUU